AUGACACGCGCAUCCGGGUCGCGCCACGGCCCCAGGGGUAAGCCAGGCAUGGCUCCGAAGUCCUCACAAAGAGGUACUUCAACACCAGUUAAGGCUUUACGUCGCUCAACCAGGCGGAACAACGCCCGCCAGCAGUCUACUUCUCAAGAUGAGCAUAUGCCGAGCGAUGAAGAAGAUGUGAUCGAGGACAAUGCUGAUGUUAUUGGAGAAGAAGACGAAGAAGAUAAUACUGAGCUGGACGACUUCGAUGCUAUAGAUCUUAGCUCAAGCCCCGGUCGCGAGGAAAUUGAAGAUGAAGACGAGGACGAGGACGAUGGUCGAGACCAUGACUACGAGGAAACGCCUCGUCCCCUUCCGCGGGCUUCCACCAACAAAGCCCUUCCAUCGGUGUCGCAGGUCGUAGCUUCUCGACGGUCAGCCAGGCCUACUCCGUCGGGCCUGGUGCCAGAGGUUCUCCUUGUAGCCCGACAACCAAUCCGGUCAGAACCUAGUGUUGAAGCCAUGGGGUCAGACAUCACGUCCCCGCAUCCCCUCAGUGUUGCGUUUGCAUCGUCCCCAGCUGCUUCAAGUACGCCGUCAGCCACGUCAUCAACUAUUCAGCAAAUGGCCCGCCUGGUUUCUACUGGCCGAGGUAGAGGAGGUCUCGGCGCUCGUCCAAAUCCUGCGCCCACAGUCUUUAACUCCUCCUUGGAACCUGCCACUCCGAAGAUAGGACGUCGUUUCACAAUCAGAUCCAACCUUCCACAAAAUAUUGGUCACCCAGAGGAGGAUAGCCCGCCUUCACAUAAAACCCCUGUCCCCACCCCCUCAGCCCCACUCAAGCCUCGAGUGACUCGCACCGUCGGAGGCAUCACACUCGACUUGGAGAAGGACAUGGGGUACAGUGACCGUACCAUCCAGUUCCUACUUGACAGGCAGAAGCCUGUCGACUGGAUUGGUGCUACUCAGUCUCCGCCCGAGGGUGAGGUUCGUCCCCAGCGUGCACCUUCGUCUGAUGAUCCUUCUCCUACUGGGUUGGCCUACAUUACUUCACCGGUGUGGAUUGCGCUGUUGGAUGAUCGCAAUGCAGCUGUGAUACACGUGUGGUAUGGACGCUUGUCUCAGACGCGCCCGCUCCAAGAAUCCAUCUACCAUCCCGACUUGCGAAUCUACAACAAGAUCAUGAUGCGUUGGGAAUUGUUCCCCGAAGGCUACAUGGCGCCCCGCCCCACCAUACUUCUGCCCCAGUCGUAUACUGCACGAUUGUUAGCCCGGUUCCAGACAAAUGUUGUUGGCGAAGAUCAAUUGAUUGUCCAGUCACAAGAGGAAGAAAUUGUCCAAGAUAUGCCGAAGAAGAGAAAGAGGUUGGACAUUGGCGCAUCAACUUUGGCUGCGUCGACCGGAGGUGAACUCAGUACCGAAGGAGCUACAGCAAAGAAACAGAAGAGGCCGGAAGACAAGGGGAAGGCUAAGGCGGCAGGGCACUCAGUAAGGUGA